ACGGCAGGAGGAGCUGGAGCGCUGAGGUUGGCAGUUUCCCUGGUUCCUCCUGGCGGAUUACACGGCGGGGGGAAGCAAAUGCACCGAGGAGGCGAGGUGGGCACUGAGCAGUCGCCUCUGCAGCUGAAGGCUCAAAGCAGCCUCUCUCCAGGGGGAGACUUUGCACCAGUUUAGCCGCACGUCCGGCACAGGAGGCAGGCAGGCGGGGUGCGCUGUUUGGAGACGGGGGGUGACUAGCUGGGGGAGAGGAAUCCUUUCCAGCCAUGCUCAGGCUGGGCUCCAGGGCGACGCAGACAGGACCUUGGCUCCCUACCCUACCGUGAAGGCUCCUAUGGGGGAUUUCCCGUCUGCUGGGAGGCGCAGCCCGGUGGCCAGGUGGCCCCAGCCCCGAUGGAGCCGGAGGAGAGGAAGAUCUCGGUGUGGCUCUGCCAGGAGGAGAAGUUGAUCUCUGGCCUCUCCAGACGCACCACUUGCUCCGACGUGGUGCGGGUGGUGCUGGAGGACAACAGCCAGCGGCAGCAGCUGCCCACCCUGCAGGAUUCCGGCGCGGGGAUGCUCUCGGGCCCCCCCGAGUCCUACUGCAUCGUGGAGAAGUGGAGGGGCUUCGAGAGGAUCCUGCCCAACAAGACCAAGAUCCUGAGGCUCUGGGCUGCCUGGGGGGACGAGCAGGAGAACGUCCGCUUCGUGCUGGUCCGCAGCGAGGCGUCCCUGCCCAACACGGGGCCCCGCAGCGCCGAGGCCAAGGUGGUGCUGAGCAAGGAGCGCCCCUGCCAUGGCCUCGGGGCGGCCCGGGCCAGCCUGGCGCUCACGCAGGAGAAGCAGCGCCGGGUGGUGAGAAAAGCCUUCCGGAAACUGGCCAAGAUCAACAAGAAGCGGCAGCAGCCGCUGGCCAAGGAGGCGUCCUCGGCGGAGAGGAUGGAGACCCUGGUGCACCUGGUGCUGUCGCAGGACCACACCAUCCGCCAGCAGAUCCAGCGGCUCCGGGAGCUGGACCGGGAGAUCGACAGGUACGAGGCUAAGAUCCAUCUGGACCGCAUGAAGCGGCACGGCGUGAACUACGUGCAGGACACCUACUUGGUGGGGGCCAGCAGCUGCGAGCUGGAGGCGAGCCGGGAGCUGGAGCCGGGCCCGGGCCCGGACGGGGCGGCCGGGCAGCUGGAGGAGUACGCCAGGAAGUGCGAGGAGGUGCUGCAGCUGCAAGAGCAGCGGACGCGGCAGGAAGAGCUGCUGGAGCACCUGGCUGGCGAGAUCCAGGAGGAGCUGAACGAGCGCUGGAUGAAGCGGCGCCGGGAGGAGCUGGCCGCGGCCAAGGGCUCCAGUUCCAGCCUGUCCGAGCCCGAGUGCAACACCAUGGAGCUGAGCGGCGGGGCAGACAGCGAGCUCCACGUGGAGCAGGAGCGCGUGAAGACCCAGCUGAGCACCAGCCUCUACAUCGGGCUCCGGCUGAGCACGGACUUAGAGGCGAUCAAAACGGAUCUGGAUUACACGCAACGCGCCCGCGAGGACAAGGAGCGGGAGCUGCAGCGCCUGCUCGAGACGCUGAACACUUUGGACUUCGCGGACACCCAGACGGCAGCUCAGAUCCUCCUCCCCGAGGAGCGCGCUCCCGGCGGCCCUGCCUUACACGAGGCUGGACUGGGGGCUCCCGUGGGCAGCUCAGACGUCUGGGAGGGCCAGGCCAGGGGGCGGUGCAAGGACUGCGAGGAGAACGAUGAGGACUCGGAUACAGGACUGAGCUCCAUGCACAGCCAGGACUCUGACUCUGUCCCAGUCUGUGAAUCGCUUGUAUAGCGGCCUCCUUCCUUAGGUAAAAUAAGCUCAGGGACCCACAGCGAAAUCCAAACUUGUGCUUCCUCCUUGGCACUCUUAGAAUACAACUAUCCAUUUUCACAUCCGCCAGCAGAAGAGAUCCUAGAGUGGACUCCUGUGAUAUAUUUCCAUUAGAACAAAAAUGUGUGGUUUUUGUUGUUGUUCUAUCCUUUUGGGGAGGAGGGGGACCACUUUAAAAUCCAGAUGCCAGUUAGUGCCAUAUUAUGGUAAUUUAUGCAAACUGAUGAUGACCAGUUAUCUGGGGAUAACAUAAGCUAAUGGUAAACUACACAGUUGAAGAAUUAAAUGGAUUACAUCAUACAAUUUUGACUCUACAGAAAGACUAUACCUGCAUUUUGCUGCAUAACAACUGUUGGAAAGGAGGUUUGUUGUAGUAGGUACUGUAAGGAAAGAGUUGGGUUGGGGGGGGAAGAGCUUACACUGUAAAAUGCACUCAUAAAAAGGAAAUACGCUGAAUCUGAAUUGUGGCUUAAGUUUAAACUUGUUAAAACUAGUCAUCAGCAGACACUUUUUAGUCUGUCUCCUCACUACUUUCAUCUUUUAGAAAAAACACACACACAAUGUUUGCAUUUCAUUCAGUAUUGGAAUUACCUGUUUCCUAAAUUCCUGCCUUUUAUUUCACCUCAAAGGUGUUCUUGAAUGGAACCCUUAAUCCUAUAUUUCUCCAAAGCAAAUACAGUCCAGUAUAGGUUUCUUUACAUAGUCUUUUUGUUGGAAUGCUGGAACAUAUAUUCUCUAAUUGAAACAAAAAUUCAGCACCUUUAUAUGUCCUCAGUAUUGCAAGUCAACUGUUUGCUACAGUAUUUGCCACUUAAGAAUUCAGUAGGUUCCUCUUAGACAAAAAUAAAAAAAAAGUUGAAAGUGCAGAACUAAAGUUCAGGGUGAUUGAAAAAUUAGUAAACAGGACAUCUGUCAGUAUGUUUGACAUGGAUGCCAGUUUGUCCUAAUAUAUGAGCUUUUGAAAUAUAUUGACUAUGGUUUUUGCCAUAAAAAGUGAUAAUAAAUCAUUAAACUAAGAACUGAACAAACUAAACAAAUAUAAAUUAGCAUGCAGUAUCAGCACUCAGCCGUGAAUGAUGCAUGUUCCCAUGCAUAGAUAAUAGCACGUUUGUUGACAGAUAAUUUAAGAGAAGUUGUAAAUAUAAAUGUUCACUGGAUUAAUUUAAAACAGUAAUUAACACAGCCCGGUCUCUUCAAAUAUAUUUUCUUUAUCAGGUUAGUUGAUGGUCUGCUGAGUUUAGUAAUAGAUAAAUUACUGCAUCAGCUUAAGCUACCAUUUCUAAUAUGCAGUUCAAUUCAGGCUAGCUCAGAAUCUAGAGAUCUGAUGCCCAAAGUAUAACUCAAGCUUGCUACAGUACAGCUGGGUGAAAUAAUUUAAUCUCAGUUAUUCCAGUGAAAAGGUACAGUAUCAGGUGUAAUAUGUAUUUCAAUUAACUGGACUGCCAAAUUUUCCUUUGCAGCUUAACCAAUGUUGGGUAUACUCUUACAAUAACGAGUAUUAAUGGUUUGUGUAUGGGAGAAGUGUUACUGUAAUCAGUUUAAUGGUACAAGAUCAGAGAAUGUUCAAUAAGGUCUGAUUGACACAACAUUUUAGAAGAACUCUGACGACAGGAUAUCUAUGAACAUUUGCUUUCAAGUUAUAAGAAAGUAUAAAGGUAGAUGUGUCAUGGACCAGGAUCCUCAGUCUGUGUACAUUUGUGUAGUUCAAUGAACUCAGCAGAACUACACUGAUUUACAGCAGCUGAUAUUGGGGGGGAGGGUGUUUUCCAAAGAGAAGUGUUGCUCUCUAACAGUGUUACCAUUGGGAAUCAUACUGAACAGCAGAAAAAUAGCUACAGCAUUAAAUCAAUUUAAAAAUAAACUAGUAAUAUACGUGUAAGUAAAAAAGCUCUAAAAUUUCCAUUAAUGCCAUUAUUAUUGAUAAAUUAUACUGAAAUAAGUGGUCUUCAUAACAUUUUUAAAAGUCUGAUUAUAAAAUUAUGGUUUUUGUAUUUUAGGUGGGCUUGGAAAAUAUUUGCAUACCUGUUU